AUGAGCGGCUACCAGCCUGCAGUGGUGAUUGACAAUGGCUCGGGAGUGAUCAAGGCCGGGCUAGCUGGGACCCGGGAGCCCCAGUUCAUCUACCCGAACAUUGUGGGCCGGACCAAGGGCCGCGGCACCUCGGUGGACUGCAGCGAGCCGGAGCUGUGUGUGGGUGAUCAAGCGCAGGAGCGCAGGAGCUUCCUGUCCAUCAGCUAUCCAGUGGAUCGGGGGCUCAUUUCCUCCUGGGGAGACAUGGAGAUCAUGUGGAAGCAUAUUUAUGAUUAUAACCUAAACAUGAAGGCAAGUGAUGGCCCAGUCUUGGUUACCGAACCUGCGCUGAACCCGUUGGCAAACCGGCAGCGCACCUCCGAAGUGUUCUUUGAGAACCUGGGAGUCCCCGCCUUCUACAUGUCUGUGCAGGCUGUGCUGGCUCUCUUCGCUGCUGGCUUCACGACUGGCCUGGUGCUGAACGCAGGUGCUGGGGUCACUCAGUGCGUGCCCAUCUUUGAUGGCCACUGCCUGUCUCACGGUGUCAAACAGCUCCACGUGGCAGGGUUUGACCUCACCAGCUACCUCAUGAUGCUGCUGAAGGACGACGGUGUCAUGCUGCUCAGAACCGGGGACAGAAAGAUCGUCGCAGACAUUAAGGAGAACGCUUGUUACGUGGCCAUGAAUUAUGAGGACGAAAUGGCCAGAGAGCCUAGCCUGGAGAGGAUGUACACCCUGCCCGACGGGAAGACUGUCAAACUCCGUAAGCAGCUAUUUCGCUGCCCAGAGGCCCUCUUCUCUCCGUGGCUCGUGAAUAGCAACAGCCCUGGCAUCGAUAAGAUGUGCUUCGACAGCAUAAUCAAGUGUGAUACUGACCUCAGGAACCCCUUUUUCUCCAACAUCCUCCUCUCCGGAGGAUCAACCUCUUUCCCCGGUUUAGAUAAGCGACUCAUUAAGGAUGUGGCAAAGAUGGCGCCGGCCAAUACCCCUGUGCAGGUUAUAGCGCCCCCGGAAAGGAAGACAUCAGUGUGGAUGGGGGGCUCUAUUCUCGCGUCCUUGUCUGCCUUCCAGGACAUGUGGAUCACGGCCGCAGAAUUCGAAGAAGUUGGACCCAAUAUAGUACACCAAAGAUGCUUCUGAGACGCAGCCAGAAUGAUGAGUAAAGUGUCCUGAGUACACACAGCAAAACACUCCGGAUGUUCUGGUUCUGGGAGCACAAAACCUUUCUGUUACGGGGAUGGCCACUUCUCUUUGUAAAAACGUUUCGGUAACU